UUUAUAAGCAUGUGCCUUUCGCAGAAAUUGGAAUUAGAACCGAAGAAAGAAAGGCGACCCUCGAAAUAUCCGCUUCAAGUGCACCAGCUGUACAGAGACCAAAUAUCGAAAAAACCACCAAAGACUGUUGGGGAGUGGUCGGCGUGGAGUCCUUGGAGUCCUUGCUCCAGGAGUUGUGGAGGUGGCAUCACACAACAAACUAGAAAUUGUAUCAACACACCUGCAGAUUCAAGAUUUGUCAGGAGACAAAGGCGGCGGCGUCAGAGUGGCAGGUCGGCUAAUGGUUGCGUAGGACUCUAUAAGAGGAUUCACUUGUGCAACAGUCAGGAGUGCCCCAGUGGUCGAGAUUUCCGUUACGAACAAUGCGCUGCCUUCAAUCAUCGACGCUUUAAGGGCAGAAGAUACGACUGGGAGCCGUUUCUCAAAGUAAAAGACGAGUGUGCACUGAACUGCAGGGCGGUGGGCAUGAACUUUUUCGCGACCCUCAACAAGACCGUUAUCGACGGAACACCCUGUCUACAUCCCGUCACUUCCACCGGAAAAGCAGCCCCGAAAGGCACUAGGGGCAUCUGCAUCGAAGGCUACUGCAAGAGUGUGAACUCGCGUGGCGUCAUAGGUAGUGUGGAUGAGACUCUGGAGGAGUGCUCCGCUUGCCUAAAAGGGUCCUGCAACAGUAUCAACGGCAUCUACACCCGCCAUGACUUGCCACCAGGAUAUUCGCUGGUCACGCAGAUUCCUGCUGGCGCUUGCAGGAUUCUCAUUCAGCAGCUGAAACACAGCAGAAACUUUCUCGCUCUGAGGAAUUCCAAUGGUUCAUACAUCGUGAACGGAGAUUGGAAGGUCAGCAACAGCAGGGUAUUCCAAGGAGCAGGAACCAAGUUUGUCUAUGUACGGCAGGAUGAAAAUUCAUUGGAAACCCUCACGUCACCAGGACCUCUGGCCAACAGUGUCGACAUUAUGAUAGUAAACUACCAGAUGAAUCCAGGGAUUAAAUACGGAUAUUCCCUGCCAGUAGACCACAAUCCAGUUCUAGCUCCGCCGUUUCUGAAGAAACCACCAGCGAUCGAACCUGCUGUGGUAGAAACCAGGAGGCUAGAAUCGCCUCUAUACAACAUAAGCCAGAAAGACGAAGCUAGACCACCAGUCCACCCAGGACCAAGAAGGACGAGAGUUAGAAGGAAGUACUUCCACUGGAAAAUCACCGGACUAACAGCUUGUUCCAAAUCCUGUGGUGGAGGUAUCCAGACCUACGUGAAGACCUGCUACAGAGAAGCCCAUCCCCACAAUCAAAUCCCCGUCAGCGACAGGCGAUGCGCCCAUUUGGACGCACCAGCCUCAGCCCCUGUGCGUUGUAACGUGGAACCUUGUCCUCCCAGCUGGGAAGGGUACUGGACUGAAUGCAGCGUCUCCUGUGGGGAAGGCGUCCAGCAGUACAUUCCCCAGUGCAAGCAGGAACUAGCCAGCGGUGCCAUCAUAAUCGGUGACGCCCAAUGCCCCAGACCAAAGCCUUCUAGUCAGACUAGGUCAUGUCGAGAAGUUGCUUGCGAAAUUAGCGACAACGAGUUGCCCCAGACCGUGGAUGGUCCCAGAGAGUGGUCUGUUGGACCUUGGAGUGAAUGCUCUGCAUCCUGUGGCACUGGUCACAGAAGCAGGCAGGUGACGUGUCCUUCUGGGGUAUGUCGAGCAGAAGAACGACCAGCCCACGCGGAAUACUGCAACACUGGCCCCUGCAACUCCACACCCGUCAGUCAGUCUCAACAUUCUCCAAAUUCUGCACCAUUCUCCUCUUGGUUAGUGACUGAAUGGACGCACUGUUCUGAGGCCUGCGGCACAGGAACCCAAAGCCGACUGGCAGUGUGUGGCCUCCAGGAUCAAAACAGUUGCAGUUCGGAGAGCAAACCAGAUUUAUCCAGGGCCUGUUCCAGCGACAAGCAAUGCGGAGGUCAAUGGUUCACAGGUCCAUGGGGGCCAUGCUCGGAGUCUUGCACCGACAGGGCAAGGCAGAAACGCGAAGUCUUCUGCGUGGUGAAAAUCCGCGGUCAGUCGCACAUCACGAACGAAAUGACCUGCUCCUCUCAGUUGAAACCCCACGAGGAACAGGCAUGCGCCGGGGUUUGUCCCCCACACUGGUUCAUCGGCGACUGGGGGCACUGCGACGGUGGUUGUCCCGUAGGCGUCCAAAGGAGGGAAGUUAGGUGCAUGGACCACUACGGGAGACCUUCGAACGGGUGUCCAGAGGCCGAUAUGCCCGUGGCGAAGCGCACUUGCGCUUGCGAGGCAAAUGCUGACCAAAGGGAGAGGUACAAACCGGCGCAAGAUGAACCCGUUGAUCGAUCUUGUCUUGACCGAAUCCGAAAAUGUAAAUUGGCAGUGCAGGCGCGCCUGUGCCACUACCCCUACUACAUUAGCCACUGUUGCGAGUCCUGCAGAGCAGCAGGACCCGACGGAAUGAAACUGUGAUUGGAGAGGAGUAGUCAAGUUAUGUACUGAAGAUAUUAAUAAUUAUUAUUAGAGUUGUUAGCGAAUGUGAAGGUGUGAAAGUAAUAUAACGCGUGAGUGAGUUUUCCACAGUAACGGACAUUCUGAUUAAGUAACACUUCACGCACCACACGCAGGUAUAAAACUGAAGGGUUCUUUAAUUUCUUCCAAUAGUUUGUGACUAGUCCUUUGGGUGUAUCCAAGAGAUAAACGAAUUAAUAAGUUUUUGCGUACACAUCUAUAUGUUUGUAAGUUACAUACAUGUAAUAGAAAUAGGCCCCAAGGUAGUGCCUUGAGGCACCCCGAUCCAUACAGUUAAGCUAAAAUAUUGUGACAAGUGUAUAUACCUGCUGCUACUCUAAACUGUGUAUGUCUACAUAUAUUUUAAUACCUAACUAGUGUCCUUAAACUAUAAUUAUGGUAUUUUGAUAUUAUUUUCCUACAAAAUAUACCAUCAUGCAUGGAAUACUCUUUUAUUUUAAAUAGAUGUCUGUGAUUGUCGCUAUUCUAUUAACUGUUUAGUGCGAGAUACUUACCCCAUUGUACUUCGCUUAAGAGAGCACUGCCAAAUUUAAUUUAAAUUCGUUAAAAGUCUACUUAAAAGUUACGAUCGGCGCCAGGUGGCGUUCGACGACUGCGCACUUGCCAAAUCAUGUCUUGUAUCAUUGACAUUUUAUUCUUGAUUCUUUGUCGUAAGUGUAAGCUACGAGAAUAAGUAUUAUAUUUAGCCUGUAUGUAUUUAUUAGUCAAGUACUGAAUAAAGUUUUUCACAAAC